ACAGGCUCCGCUAGCAGCAGCCAGGGAACCGUCAGGGGGGCCACACCAUGUUUAAAGGGCAGAGCAAAUCCACCAAGUCCCCUACGAAAUCUCCUACCAAGUCUCCUUCAAAACAUGCCAAGGCGUCGGCCACUGAACUGUCACUGCUGAUCACUCGCAUGCAGAAGAAUGCAGACCAGGUGGAGAGGAACAUCCUAGAGACCGACCAGAAGCUAAAACAGGAUGCUGGUAAUUAUGCCGCAAAGAAGACCUUCCAGCACCAGCAGGAGAAUGCGCAGAAACUCAAAGACUCAGAGAUUUUAUUGAAGGAUCUCUUUCUGGAUGUGGAUAAGGCAAAGAAAUAUGGCCACCCCCAGGCUCAAGAAAUAGAACAAGACAUCCGUCACUUGCAUGACCGCCUGAGUAUUGAAUGCACAGAGUACAGAGAUUUGUAUGAAAAAAUGAGCAUCCUCCCUCCGGAACCCAAAGUCAACUGGCCACAGAUCCUAGACAAGAAGGUGCAAGAAAUAGGAAAUGGGCAGUACGGGCCCAGCUUGCCGGACGUGGAGCGGCAGAUUGCAGAGCACAAUAUCUUGCAGCGAGAGCUUGACGAGUACGGAAAUGAAAUUCGCAACCAGGACAAUGUAGCCAUUAAGAACCAGUAUCGGGCUCUACAGGAAGAGUCCACUUGGAGAAGCCGGCACUUGGGCAGCCUGUAUAAUCACCUCCAUGGCUGCACCAAGGAACUAAUGUAUCUCAGUGACGAGCAGAACAAGAUCCUGAAGAAGGACUGGAGUGACCAGAUCCCUGACCUGCCUGCUACACGAAGGCAAUAUGAGAAAUUUAAAUCUGAGGACCUGCUGCCACAGGAAGAAAACGUAAAUCAGCUUCUGGAUGACGGGGAGAGGAUGAUCGAGCUGAAGCAUCCAGCUGCCCCCUGCAUUCAGGCCCACCAUGAAGCUCUGAAAGGUGAAUGGCAAAAUUUUCUCAACCUGUGCAUCUGUCAGGAGAACCAUCUCAAGAACGCCGAGGAGUACAAAAAGUUUCAUGAUGAUGCAGACGCUGUGAGUCAAACUUUAAAGGAAGUCAACAGGAACUUUGACUCCAAAUUCAGCCAGGGCAACUUGUCAGCACCAGGGGCGGCCUCAGAACUGCAGCUCCAUCUGGAAAAGGAAGACAAGAAGCUGGCCCAGGCUGAGAAGAAUUUGUCCGCUCUUAAAAGCAAGGCCCCUGAGAUUGUGCCCAUCAAACAGCGAAGGAUAAGGCCAAAGCAACCCAUAACCAUCAACUCCAUUUGCGACUGGGAUUCUGCUGAUAUGCAGCUUUCCAAGGGAGACGCCUGCACAUUAAAGGACAACAGCAAGGUUGACAGCUGGGUGGUACAGACUGCAGGAGGAGAGACCAAGAACGCUCCAUCUGCCUGCUUUGUAAUCCCACCUGCAGACCAAGAGGCCAUAGAUAAGUUGAAGAGGCUAGAGAGUGAGCUAAGUGAAGCACAGAAGAAGAAGACAGCUGCGCAGAAUACACUGAAAUCCAACAGAAAUCGGGAGCCUGCCAAACCAACCCAGUCUUUUCCAGUUGUUACUGCACCUGGACCCGCACCUGGACCCGCACCUGGACCCGCACCUGGACCCGCACCUGGACCCGCACCUGGACCCGCACCAACACCUCCAACUCGCGUGUCAAGUAUCCCAAGUGAGGAUCCCCAGGCAAAUCAGCUCCUUAACAAGCUAAACAGGAUCCAGGAUGACCUGAAGGACACGGAGCAAGAGGUUUUGUCACGAGUACGCUCCCCAGUCAGUCAGGCUUCACCCAGUAAAGAUUUGACUGGAAGGCUGAAACAGCAAGAGGGGACAGCUCUUCGGCUGCAGAACAUUGCAUCUGAGAAGGACGCAGUGCAGAAGGAGUGUGAGGCUUUUCUGAACAAGAGCCCAUCGGGAACCAUAGCCUCCCAGCUCCCCGGCACACAAGCAAAUGUCAACAACAAGUACAAGGAUGUCAAGACCCUGUCUUCACUCUAUGGAGAGGAAGCCAAAGCAUCAUUGAACCUGGAAAAUCAGAUUAAGAAGACUGAUGAUAUGAUAAGCGGUUUUGAGAACUUCUUGAUGCAGGAUGCUUUGAUCCCAUACUCCCCAAGUGCACUACAGGACCGGGCUUCUGAAAUUCAGAAAAUGAAGCGAGACCUUGUAGACAAACAAGACAAUCUUCUCAAGCUGAACAGGAGCCUGAAGGACACAGAGCUUGCCUGCAGCUCUCUACAGACUAACUGCCAGGAACACUCCCCUGACCUGCCACGCCAACGCGUCCAAGUUCAACGUCUCAAUGACCGCUACCACUCUGUAGCCGACCAGCUUGACCAGAGAGAGAAGAUAUUGAGAGAUGCCAACCUGCCUUACCAGCAGUAUAAGUCUUCAUGUGAGGCCAUGGACACCUGGCUGAAAGGUCUCCCCAAAAACCAAGUCUCAUCAUCAGACAGCCCCAGCCAAGUCAACUAUAAGCUGCAGUCUCAGAAGAGGCUGGUGGAUGAGAUCCAGAGGAAGGAACCAGAGAAGAAUAACGUGGUUAAACUCUCAGAUGACCUAGUGAACGCUUUUGAUGACUAUGAAAAACAAGCUGGCCGGUACAGUUCAACUCUUUGCUCCCCCAACCCUGUCCCUCCUAUAAAACCCAAGGGCGUCUGUAUGCAGCAAGGAAUAGAAGACCAGCAAAAAGAUUUGGUGACGCGCUACAAUCAGGCUGCUGUGGAGAGCAAACAGCAGCUUACUCAGAUGGAGUUUGCCAAGAAAGUUUUGGAUAAGUCUGACAGCACAGAUGGAAUCCAGGCUGUAAAUCAGCAAAACCUCCGCUCAGAAAAUGCUCUAAGGUCUGCAAGAGAGUCAGAAAAUCUGUCCAGUCAACUAGUGGAAGAAAAGAAGAAGGUGGCUCAAGUACAGCAGGCACUGGAGGAGAACACCAAACGCCUGAUAUUACUGAAGACACAAAGGCCAGUGGAGCGCAUAGAGGAAAUCGAGGUGGUACAGUAUUACAAAGAGCCUAAGGUAGAGAGUGAUCUAUCAGCGAGAAAAAGCCAAGCUGAAAAGACCAACAAGGAAAGAGAGAUCACUAAGUCUGAGAUAAUCGUGGUGAGCAAACAACUGGCGGCUUUGGAGGAGCAAAGGAACAACAUUAAGCCACAGUUACUGACUAAAGAGGUCACACAGAUAGAAAGAGAUCCCGAUUUGGAGUCUAAGGCUCAGUCUCUCACAAAGGAAAUAAAGCAACUGAAAGAGGAAAAUAAUUCAAUUUCUUUGGAAUUAGAGAGACUAAAGAAAGAAGUGCUGAUACUAGAACAGAAGCAGCCAAAUAUUGUAGAGAAAGUAGUGCUGAAAGAGGUGGUAAAAUUAGAGAGGGAUCCAGAGACAGUAAAGGCUACCAGGGCACUUCAGCUACAGAUUGAUGAUGAGAAUUUCAAAAGAAAAUCACUUCAGGAGAACAUGGUGAAGCUGAGGAACCGAACCGAAGAGCUGGAAAAGCUGAUUGAAUCUGUUGAGCCCAAGGUUAUAGUUAAGGAGGUAAAGAAGGUUGAACAGGAUCCAGAAAUCCUGAAGGAAGCAGCAAGGCUAAGGACACUGAUUGAAGAAGAAAGAAACAAAAGCGUGGUUGUUACACGGGAGCUGACAGAGCUACAAUCUAGGUACGUGUCGGUACAGAAGCAGAAACCCAAAAUUGAAAUAAAAGAAAGAGUCAAUGAAAUCUUUAUUGUAGAACCAGAAACUGAAAAGGAAAUUGCAAGGCUAAAGUCUGUGCUACAAGAAGUCAGUACUAAAAAAUCUAUGUCUGAUAAGGAGCUGGAUACAAGCCAUACUCAGAUGAUUUCUCUGAAGUCCCAGAAGCCCACAGUGGAGUAUAAGGAAGUUGUCAAGGAGGUGGUCAAGUUAGAGAAAAGCCCAGAGUUGCUAAAGGAGAUAGAAAAGUUGAAGGUACAACUGAAGGAUAUGGAAGCAACUAGCGUCAAGAACGUGGGGCUGAAAUCCAAACUUGCCAAAGAAAGGGAUGACUGGAAAGUGGAGAGGUCAAAAGUGGAAACUAAAACAGUCAAUAAAGAGGUAGUCAAGUAUGAAAAUGAUCCAGUACUAAUAAAAGAUGCAGAGCGUCUCCGUCAAGAAGCACGAGAUGAGGCUCAGAAAAGAAGGGAAGUGGAAGAUACCGUGUAUGACUUACAAAACAAGUACAUGCUGCUUGAGAGAAGGAAGCCAGAGGAGAGGGUUGUGGUACAAGAGGUGCUCCUCGUAAAGCAGGACCCGAAAAUAAAAGACGAUCACUUUAGACUAAGCAGGACACUUGAUGAUACAGUAAGCAACAGGCGCCGCCUAGAACGUGAGGUACAACAGUUACGCACCCAAGUGGAAGAGAAACAGAAACUGCUUAACUUUCAAGAAGAAAGAGACAAGAAAUUGGCAGCAGAAAAAGAGCUGCGUCAGAUUACACUAAGGAUCAAGGAGAUAGAGGAAAGACCUCCUCCUGUACAGGAGAAGAUUGUUAUGGAGGAAGUUGUUAAGGUAGAAAGAGACCCUGUUAUGGAAAAAGCAGCUAACUCUCUCCGCACUGACUUAGAUAAUGAACUAAGCCAAUAUCUGAACAUAGAAAGAGAAUGCAAAAACCUGCAAAUGAAGAUAGACAUCCUUCAGAGGGAGAAGUCUCUGGAGAAAACCAUUUACAAGGAGGUUAUUCGAGUGGAAAAGGACAAGGUGCUUGAGAACGAGAGAGUCAGGUUGAGAGAACUGUUUUCAAAGGCCCGUAAUGCAAGACAGGACCAGGAAGAUGAGAGCAAAAGACUUACGGAAAAGAUAGAAAGGGUUGAUGCCAUGAAGAAAACCUGGUCAAAGGAAGAAGUUGAUCUUAAGAAAACAAAAACGCAGCUACAGCAAGAGAAAUCAACUAUAGAAAAUGAACUGUUGGAGCUGAGGAGACAACAGCAGCAGAAGAGCGUGUUCCUCAGCAAGGAGUCUCAGUUACUCUCACAGAAAGCAGAGAUUGAACGCCAGAAAAAGAUGCAAUUGGGUCACGAGCUGUCCCUUUUUGAAAGCAAAAUUCUUUCUGAAAAAGAUGCCAUUUACGAGAAGGAAAGGAAUAUAAGAGAGCUGCAGUCUCGUGUCAACCGAGAAGAGCGAAACCAAGAGACACAGAUGAGAGAGACAAACGUUUCCACAAAAAUUUCUAUCCUGGACCCUGACACAGGUAAAGAAAUGUCUCCCUAUGAAGCCUAUAAAAGGGGCAUUAUUGACAGAAGUCAAUAUAUCCAGCUGCAAGAAUUAGAGUGUGACUGGGAAGAGAUUUCCACUAUGGGUUCAAGUGGUGAAAUUUCUGUCCUUUUGGAUAAGAAGAGUGGCAAACAAUAUUCCAUCGAGGAUGCCCUAAGGAACAAGAAAAUCACCAAAGACGAACUACAGAUGUACCGUGAUGGCAAGCUCCCUAUUUCUGAAUUUGCCCUUCUGGUGGCUGGAGAAAAGCCCCCAGCAGUCUCAAUUGGUUCAAUAAUUGGACCCAAAUCCCCAACUUCUACCAACCUAACAACAUCUCGCAACUUUUUUAGCACCCAAAGUGCCCCCAAAGUCUUCCACGAUGAGAGCUUCCCAAUUGCUGGCAUUUAUGACAAAAGCACAGACAGCAAAUGCACAAUCAGAAGUGCAAUAACGAGAAAAAUACUGGAUGAAGAAACUGGCCAGAAGCUGCUUGAAGCCCAGGCGGCUACAGGAGGCAUCAUCCACAUUAUGAGCAAAGAGAGAUAUUCAGUUCAUAAAGCUAUAGACAGGGGCCUGAUUGAUAGCAGUAACACGCAGAGUCUGCUCCAUGCACAGAAAGCCUUCACAGGUGUAGAGGAUCCAGUAACCAAAAAGCGAUUAUCUCUUGGAGAAGCUGUUCAGAAGGACCUCAUUCCCAAAGAGAAAGCUUUACCCUCCUUGAUUGUCCAGCACCUCACGGGAGGUCUCAUUGACACUAAACAAACAGGCCGAAUUCCAGUUCCUGAGGCAGAAGAGCAGGGCCUGGUUAGUAAAGAACUGGCUGAUAAAAUCCAGGAUGAAACACAGUACAAGAAGGAUCUUAUUGACCCUGUCACCAAGGAAAACAUCAGUUACAAGGAAGCUAUGUCUCGAUGCCGAAAAGACCCCAGCAGCGGACUUCUGCUUCUUGAAGCAUCCGAUUCUUACCAACCUCCUCUUUAUCGCCCUGUAAAUCCCAUCCCUUCCUUGACAACCUAUAAUUACUAAGCAUAAGGGUAUCCUAUCUAUUUUAUCCAUUUAAAUGUAUUUACUCGAAAAUAAUGGUGUCCUGUUUUAUAAUAAUGUUCCUAAAUUCUUGCAUUAAUACUGUAUGUAUGUUUGUCUGGCUGUCUUCUGCAACAAUAAACACAAAAGCAGCCUUAA